UGCAUUCCGAAGCUCCUUAACAUACAACCAUCACUUCGUAAGCAGCUAGAUCACAACUGAGACGCGCAGCACAUCGGCAAGUAACAGCAAGAGGCAGCUAGAGAGAUCGAUCGAUCCGAUUAUGGCACCCAACACAGAGGCGUGCGCUAUCGCCAUGGCCAUGGCGGCGCCGUUCAUCGCGAUGGUGAGCAACAACAUGAGCACAACCACCGGCAACGUCGAGAAGCGGCGCAGGACCUCGUCCGAGCAUGCCCUCCAGCGCACGGUCUCCGACGUCUCCUACGAGCUCCACCACCACGGCGGCGGUGGCAAGGAGGAGGACGAGGAGGCCGAGAAGCAGAAGCAGCUGCUCCUCCACCCGGUGAUCCCGGAGGUGGAGGACGCCAAGUGCGAGUGCUGCGGCAUGUCGGAGGAGUGCACGCCGGAGUACAUCCGCGGCGUGCGCGGCCGCUUCUCGGGGCGGUGGGUCUGCGGGCUGUGCGCCGAGGCCGUGACGGAGGAAGCCGAGAAGAGCGGCGGCUCGCGGGAGGAGGCGCUCAGGGCGCACAUGGGCGUGUGCAAGAGGUUCAACGGCUUCGGGAGGACGCACCCCGUGCUGUUCCAGGCCGAGGCCAUGAGGGAGAUCCUGAGGAAGCGGUCCAAGCUCGGCCCCAGGUCCAGGUCCAGCAUCAAUCCCCGGGAGGUCAGGGAAAGCGCUGCGGCCAAGGCGAAGGCGGGCGGUGGCGUCGGCGGCAUCGCUCGCAGCUCAAGCUGCAUGCCGUUCAUCACCGACGAGUUCAACGGGGUGUCCAUCAACUAGACAGAGAGGCACAGGAGCCGGGGAAUUCUCAGAGUUGUUUCGUUUACUAACUUUGAGCAUGACAUCAAGAUGCCAUAACGCCUGCUUGAUGCAUGUUUUUGGGCUUGGGGUGCAUAAGUUACACGCCUUUUAAGGUGUUUUUUUGUUGCUCCUCUACCUUAUCUAGAAGCAAUUCAGCAGCGUUCUGGGUAUAACUUGUAGUCAACCAGUCACUCAUGUUCUGUUUUUCAGGGUGAAGUCUGUCUAGGAUUUGGUGGACGGACAACCCUUACUUUGGUGUUGUUAAGUACUUCCGUUUGAGCAUUAAUAUCAGCCCUGUCUUCAAUUGAUUAUUGGGACUCUUGA